AUGGAGAAACAACUAAAGUUUAGGAACAAAAUCUUGAAGGCACUACCAAAAGCAGUUGCAGCGGUCACCGUGACAUUUCAAAACCCUCCAUUCAGCCCUGGAAGGGACCACAAAUCAAAACCUAUCGCGUCCAUGAUACCCCAUGAAGCAAGAAGAAAAACCCAUAAUAGAAAUGGCAUCGAUGGGAUUUAUUCUCAGGAACCCACUUCACCCAAAAUCUCCUGCAUGGGACAGAUCAAGCACAAGAAGAAAAAGAUAAAACAAGCCAAGAAUAAGAGCGUGAUCACCAGGCCAAAAGAAACGAGGAACGUUGCUAGCAAUAAAUCAUCGUCUGCUUCAAGAGACACAGAAGUAAAGAAGCACGCUUUCACGUUUCAGAAGAUGUUAUUGUUCCACGCGGCGAAGCCAAAAUCGGAGGGAAGGAAAUCCAACGCUUCUGCUCCUGGAGAUAUCAGCAACAGGAACAAUGCUCUUGGUGACGCAGCACGCGCACCGCACGUGAACCAUAUGAAAAAGUUUUCAAGUGGACGUGACACUCUUGCUAAUUUUGAUUGGAAGGUGGCUCAGAUGGCGCCAGACGAAGCGGAAAUUGAUUACUAUUCGGACGAUUACAGAGUGGAGAGUAGUGAUGAUGAAGAAGAGGAGGAAGAGGUUAUGAUCCCUUUUUCUGCACCCAUUUUGGUUGGUGGUGGAGUUGGUGUGCUUAAUUUGAAGCCACGCAAAGAAAUUAACCUGUGGAAGAGAAGAACCAUGGCUCCACCUAUGCCUCUUCAGUUGCACAGGGCAAACUGA